CUUAUAUGUACUUAACAUGGACACUAGAAGCAUCUAUAUAAUGGACUCCAUGCCUAUACCAUCAUGGUUUAAGGGUGAUCAUCCUAGCAUGCAUUAUAUCCAUAAUAUACAUUAUAUUGCCAAUAAUAUGAAUGCUGCCAUGGAAUUGGCCAAUCCUACAUGGAAAGACGAUAUUUAUAUGUGGCGUCGUAUAGUACCAACAUGGGUUCCAAGAACAUUAAACUGGGAUUUAUCUGGCUUUCUUGUUAUCAACUUUAUGCACGAUUGGAAUGGUAUAAGGUUACCCUGCAUUUGCACUAAUGGGAAUGACCUGAGGACCAAAUUCUUAGUAGAAUUAUUGAAGUACAAGGACAAUGAAUCCAAAGACAACAUUCCAGAAGAAAUACAAGAAAUUAUUAGGCACAUCAGAUAGAUAUGAUUUUAUUUGUAAUGAUACUCAACUUAUUAUCCUAAUUAAUUGUAUUGCCUUUUAGGUUCGUAGUAUCGUUAUGAACAUUUGCCAACAUAUAUUUUAGUUAUAUGUUGCAAAUAUGA